CUGUUAUCAUGGCUGAGUUGGAAUUCAUCUCUGCAGUUAAUAGCUCCUUGCACCGCUCGCGACGUCACAGUUCCUUCGUUAACCUAUGGAAUGGGAGCGUUUGCUACUAUCCAGCUGCUUUUCAUCCUAACAGCAGUGUUAUGUGCCGUUUUGUCACUGAGAGUCCCAGUUGCUCGUAUUAUGUGUACUAUAUCGAUUAUUUGAAGACUUUAUUUUGUACUUUAAAUCUGUCCUGGAAUAGUGGCUACGUCUUUAUAGUGGGAUUGAUACUUGUGUUCUUAUACGGCCUGUUGUACAUGAUUUUUACGUACUUGUAAGUACUAUCUAUAUCCAAAACCAUGUAAGAACAGUUAGAAUUCAAUAAAACAUUUUUAUUUUAUAAUUGUA